GAGGCUCCCGCAGGCCGGGGCGCUGCCCGAGCCCGGCUCCCGCUGCCUCUUCCCACCGCCUGUUCCCGAGGCCAUGCCCAAAGUGAAGAGAAGCAGGAAGCCUCCCCCGGACGGCUGGGAGCUCAUCGAGCCCACGCUGGAUGAGCUGGAUCAGAAGAUGAGGGAAGCGGAGACUGAGCCUCACGAGGGGAAGAGGAAAGUGGAAUCCCUUUGGCCUAUCUUCCGGAUUCAUCACCAGAAGACACGUUACAUUUUUGACCUCUUCUAUAAAAGAAAAGCCAUCAGCAGAGAGCUCUACGAGUACUGCAUCAAGGAAGGAUACGCUGACAAAAACCUGAUUGCAAAGUGGAAGAAACAGGGCUACGAGAACCUCUGCUGCCUGCGGUGCAUCCAGACGCGAGACACCAACUUCGGAACCAACUGCAUCUGCAGGGUGCCAAAAAGCAAGCUGGAAGUGGGGAGAAUCAUCGAGUGCACUCACUGCGGCUGCAGAGGCUGCUCCGGGUGAGGUGCUCAGACACUGGACUCCUUUUUCAGCUCUGAGAGGUCUCGUCCCACACUAUGGACUACUUGUGCAGUUAGAACGACCUUCUGUGUGAUUGGAUCUUUCAUAUUCACCUGGAUCAUACACAUCUAUAUGCAAUGGCUGGUGUUUGGGAGUAGCUUUCUGUGUAGCCCUUUGAUUUUAAAAUAAACUUUGCCUUCCU